AUGACUUAUCCCACUGAUACCGACUCGGCGGUCCCCCGCCUGAUCGUCACCUUCAGCGUACUGGUUUCCCUAGCCGGCAUCACCAUGGGCUUCAGGUUCUACUGCAAGCACCGCUACGCCAAGCAGCUAGGCGUUGACGACCUGUUGUUGGGAUUUUCCUAUCUCAUCCUCCUCUCGGGCGCCAUCUUCACCGCCACAGCCAUCAGCCGCGGGUUCGGUCAGCACAUCUGGAACAUCGAGCUUCUCCAAGACGCCAUAACCUCCGCCCGGAUAGUAUUCAGCGGCGGCUUCUUUGUCUUUCUCGGCAUCGCAGUGGCCAAGGCGUCCAUCUGCCUCACGCUCUACAACAUCGCCCGCAAGAAGUGGCAGAGGUGGUCGCUCGUGUUCGUGGCCGUGUCGGUGCUGAUAACGAAGCUGUUGUCGGGCAUUUUCAUCUUUGUUUCGUGCACGCCUGUCCAAAAAAGGUGGAAUCCGAUGAUCAAGGGGACGUGUUGGGAUAUUAAUGUGUUAUGUCGGUAUUGGUCCUUUUCGGGAGACGCGGCAGCAGAUCUAGUGGUUUGGGAGUCUGCCGAGCUAGGUGUCGCCAUCAUUGCCAUCUCCAUCCCAUUUGGUCGUCUAGCGGUGCAACACUACUUCAAGAAAAAGCGAGCACACUCCGCAGGAAACACCGCCAGUUGCGUCAGCGGAACCCGGGGCACACGGCUGGCCACCUCCGAGUCAACAAUGGUUCGCAUGGAUGGCAAUGAGACGGACGACGACGUGCCUCUUGCCCGGAGACAAACCAACCCAAAAGCCAAUGAUGCCGUCAGACCCGGUACAGUCUCAAUGGAGCAGUUUUCUUUGGAACAGUUCCUGCGUGAGGCUCCAGAGAUGCCGGGAACCUGGAGAGAGUCGGGCGGAAUCAUGCUGACGAGGGAGCUUUCGGUAGGAAGACAUCGAAGAAAUGUUUCCGAUGAGGAGUUGGGAUUCCGGGCCUGGUCACCGCCGCCGCCGUCGAAUGUUUGA